AUGGCCAAAACCCAGAAGAACAAGGCGACUUCAUUCCAUUUGGGUCAGCUUAAGGCCAAGUUGGCCAAGCUCAAGCGCGAACUGUUGACUCCCAGCGGCGGAGGUGGUGGCGGUGGUGCCGGUUUCGAUGUGGCCAGAACAGGCGUAGCCAGUAUUGGCUUCAUCGGCUUCCCUUCGGUGGGCAAGAGUACGCUCAUGAGCAGAUUGACAGGCCAACACUCGGAGGCUGCCGCCUACGAAUUCACCACCCUGACCUCUGUGCCUGGUCAAGUUGUCUAUAACGGUGCCCCCUUGCAGAUUAUCGACCUUCCCGGUAUCAUUGAGGGUGCCAAGGAUGGUCGCGGUCGAGGUCGACAAGUCAUCGCAGUCGCUAAGACAUGCCAUUUGAUCUUCAUUGUGCUGGAUGUCAAUAAGCCUCUGACGGAUAAGCGGGUGAUUGAGGCGGAACUUGAGGGCUUCGGAAUCCGCAUCAAUAAGGAGCCCCCCAACAUCACAUUCAGGAAGAAGGACAAGGGUGGCCUCAAUGUCACCAGCACCGUACCCCUGACACAUAUCGACCACGGCGAGAUCAAGGCUGUCAUGAGCGAAUAUCGCAUCAAUUCUGCGGACAUCACAAUCCGGUGUGACGCUACCGUUGAUGACCUGAUCGACGUUCUCGAGGCAAAGAGCAGAAGUUAUAUCCCCGUUGUCUACUGUUUGAACAAGAUUGAUUCGAUCAGCAUUGAGGAGCUUGACCUUCUCUAUCGAAUUCCUAACGCUGUCCCUAUCAGCUCUGAGCACGGAUGGAACAUUGAUGAGCUGAUGGAGGCCAUGUGGGACAAGCUCAACCUUGUCCGCGUGUACACGAAGCCCAAGGGCAAGCAGCCUGAUUACUCUCAGCCUGUCGUGCUCCGAUCUACGCGCUGCACUGUUGAAGAUUUUUGUAACGCCAUUCACCGAAGCAUUACGGAGGUGUUCAAGACGGCCAUCGUUUAUGGCAAGUCUGUCAAGCACCAGCCUCAACGCGUUGGCUUGGCUCACGAACUGUGUGACGAGGAUGUUGGUAGGUUACCCCCGGAGUCUCCGACAGCGACCCUCAAUCCCAGCAGCAGCCUAAGGACAUAUUGA